ACGUGACAGGGAGGAGAGAGGAGACGUCAGAGGUGAUAGGGUGCUGAGAGAGGGGAGAAGCGGAGAGCCGGGGAGGAUGAGCCCGGGGUAACGGAGGAGGAUCAGAGAAUAAAACAAGUAUCUUUUAGAAGAUGGAUAAUUACUUUCAAGCUGCAGUUAUAGAUCUGGAUAAACUGCUGGAUGAUUUUGAACAGAAUACAGAUGAACUGGAAAGUCCCCAGCCACAUGCAGAGCCCUUUAACCCGGAACAGCACGAUUUCUACCUGCAACCAGAUUACCCAAGUCCUGGGAAGGAGCCGUGUGGCAGCAGUCCUCAACUCUCUCUGUCUGAAUGCCCUGAGAAAACUGAGCUGGAGUUAAAACCAGGGGCUCCUGUCUCAUGUAGUGACAAAAGUGUGACGGGCCCAGAUCUCCUAUCCUGUGUGGAUGGAGGGACAUCCAUGGAGGAUGAGUCCAAUACUGGGAGGAGUAGUGUUCCUGUAUGUGAUCUCAUUAGUGACACAGGAAGUCUACUUCAUGCAGCAAGUAGCAACGAAUCGCUGAUUCCAGAUUCUGCCCAGUCUAGUGCAAAUGUUUCUGACCUCGAGUUGCUUUCAGACCCAAGUUUUUUUGCUAUUCCACCUUUAAAUUCCUCCACUGUAUUACAAAAUGAUGAAGCAGAUGUUGGAGAUCUUGUCCCUAUCGCUUCCAACUGGCUACCAUUGAGUGAAGCUAAUCUAAUUGAUGUAAGUGCUAAAGCAAGCAGCGCUUCUCUUCCUGUUCACUCAGGUCUUCCCCCAGUGUUGGGUGAGGUAGGAGAACACUCCGAUACUGCAUCCACUAGUGACUCCAGUACCAGCUCAAGCUCUUCAAGCACAGAUGGAUAUGUAAGUGAUGAUAUGUCCUAUGAGGCAUUGACAGAAGAUCAGAUUGCUUUUGUGUCAAAAGACCACCAUGUAGAUGUGGUGUACGCUCUAAACAACAUGGAAUUUCCUCAGGUAGCAAGCCAGGAAGCCACCAUGUCAACAACUCAACAUGUUGUAAAUUCUGGUGCUUUAGAUGACGUUCAAAGUGAAAGGUCACCUUCAGGGCCAUCUACAGCCAGAAGCGUGGUGACUUCGGAGUGCAAUGACCACGUGAUGCUUACAUCAUCUGUAUCCGCCUGCAGUGAAGAAAAGCCUGCAGAUUCUUUUAGCUCUGCUAUGGUAGACUCUAGGACAGAAGGCAGCAAUGAGCUGCUUCAGGAACACAACGAUACAGUGUUGGAAAGCCAAAAGUUUGAAGAUGAAUCCAUGAUUGUAUCAGCAGCCAGCUUUGAGGUCAGAGGUGAAGAUAAGUCUUUGCAGUUGACACAUCUGUCCCCUGCCGUCAAAGGCCCUUCUGUGUCGGAUGAAGGUUUUGUGCAGGAGGAAGCAUUCCCUGAAUUACCUGUAGUAGAGAAAUUGAGCAUUGCACCUGAGCCAGGCCCCGAUCCUGUUCACAGCAGUGAGUUUGGAGACGCGGUAUUAUCAGAUUUCAUGAGUCACAAUUUGCUAACUGAUCCUAAUGGCCUAUUGUUAGGUGACACAUACAUAACAGACGCUGAACUUGAUGCUUUUCUUUGUGAGGAAGGUUUAGAUGUAAGUAAAGAAAGCGCUGUGGGAAGUUUUCCAGUCUGUGAUUUUGCUGAAGCGGUCUCAAGCAGGUCUUGCACUGAAGCUUCAAAUGAUGGAUUGCAGUCUUUGAAGACGGAUCGAGAUGAGACUGAGGACAGUGCAGUCUGCAGCACUGUGGAUGCCACACUUAAUAAAGUUGAUUUACCACAUCCAGCUCAGGAUCAAGGAUCUCUUCCAGGUGCGGGUGUGCCCUCACCCAUCGGAGGUGCAAGGCCCAAGCAGUUGUUUCAUCAUCCACCAAAUACACUGGCUAUAAGCCGGCCAGUUAAACUGAACAACAGGGACGUAGAAGGAAAUCUGGCUGAACAGACAGCUGAAGAAGCCAGUCCGUGCGUGUCGCCGUCUCAUGUUGUGUCGCCAAUACCUAGCAGCAGCAUUCUGAAAAAGACAAUGAAUGUGGAGUCUGAUGAGAGCCCUGAACUCAGCGUGGAGGCACUAGGGGACACCAUAGAUGGGACAGGAGAGAACCAGGCACCUGGUCAGAGGCAACCAACUUGGAUCCCCGACUCUGUGGCUCCAAACUGUAUGAAUUGCAGCAUUAAGUUCACUUUUACAAAGCGGAGACACCAUUGUAGAGCUUGUGGAAAGGUUUUCUGUUCAGUCUGUUGCAGUCAGAAGUGUAAACUGCAGUACUUGGAAAAAGAAGCAAGAGUCUGUGUGAUCUGUUAUAGCUUCAUCACUAGAGUGCAGGCUGUUGAGAGGAUGAUGAGCCCAACUUCUCCUAGUCCAAACCCCAAUGUCCCCUCUGAGUUUUAUUCUACCAUUCCUUCUUUGGUACAUGCCCAGGCAGCUGGUAGACUUAACGCUCCUCCACCUACAGUUUUGGUGGCUGGCUCAGUACUUAAACAUCCCGGAGCUGAAGGCCUGAAUCAGAAAGAACAGAAGAGGGUGUGGUUUGCUGAUGGAUUAUUACCUAAUGGGGAAGUUGCUGAUACAAGUAAACUUGCUGCUGUUGGGAAAAAAUCUGCACAGGAUUCUGAUGCAGCUUCCCCGCUCUCUCCGGACAGUGCCUUGCAAGUUGCUGGCCUUUUCCAGGACAAUACAGAGCCAUCUGAUUCACCUGAAAAGUCGAGUACCUCUGAAGUGUGUGAAGAGCAGGUACCUGUCUCUGAGGAAGCACCUAGCACCUUUAGUGUUUCCUCACCAAAAGAUUAUCGAAUGCUGUGUGGGAUCGAUAAAAGCGUUGGCAGGGAGAUGAGUCUUAUUCCGGAUGAUGAGUUGGGCCUUCCGCCUCUUCUGUUGACAAGUGGAGAAAGUGGAGAGGCACUAGUGGAGAUCAGUCCUACUCAUGCAGGAGUAAUGAUGCUUUUAAAUGAAGAUGGGCCCAAUCCAUUGACCUUCAUUUUAAAUGCAAACUUGCUUGUGAAUGUCAAGAUAGUAACUUGUGCUUCAGACAAAUGCUGGUUCUUUGCUACAAAUGGAUUACAUGGCUUGGGCCAGCCAGAAAUUGUAGUCGUUUUAAAAUGUUUGCCAGAUGAAGACAUUGUCCCUAAGGAUAUAUUUAAACUUAUGGUGGUCAUCUACAAAGAUGCACAGAAAGGAAAAUAUAUAGGCAAUUUGGACAAUAUCACAUUUACAGAAAGCUUUCUGGGUAGUAAGGAUCAUGGCGGAGUCCUAUUCUUUACACCGACUUUUCAAGAGCUCAGCGGAUUGCCUGUUCCCAACAGUCCUUUCUUGUGUGGAGUUCUUAUUCAGAAAAUGGAAGUACCCUGGGCGAAAGUUUUUUCCAUUCGCUUGAUGCUGAGAUUGGGAGCUGAAUAUGCUGUGUACCCUUCUCCUAUAACGAGUUACAGACUCCGAAAAUCUGUAUAUGGAGAGAUUGGACAUACUAUCAUUAAUUUAUUAACUGACCUUAGAAAUUACCAAUAUACGAUCCCACAUGUAGAUGGUUUAGUAAUUCACAUGGAAAUGGGCAAAAGCUGCAUAAAGAUCCCAUCGUGGAGACACAACGAGAUACUUAAGGUAAUUCAUUCGUGCAAUGAACACGUCAUUAGCAUCGGUGCCAGUUUCAGUAUGGAGGCAGAUUCUCACCUGGUCUGUGUACAAAACGACGAUGGAAUUUACCAGACACAAGCGAGCAGUGUUCCUGGCCAAUCACGCCAAGUUACUGGAGCAAGUUUUAUUGUUUUCAAUGGUGCUCUGAAAACGUCAUCUGGCUUCCUUGCCAAGUCUAGCAUAGUAGAAGAUGGCGUGAUGGUACAAAUAACACAGGACAUGAUGGAAGCAUUACGGCAAGCUUUGAGGAACAAAAAGGACUUCAGGAUAACAUGUGGUAAAAUCGACUCUGGAGAUUUGUCCGAAGAAGUCAUUAUCCAAUGGGUGGAGCCUGAAGAAAAACAAAAUAAAGGAAUCGUAAGCCCGGUUGAUGGCCAGUCUAUGGAAGGAAUUCCAAGUGAAAGCAUAUGCCAGGAAACUGAUUUUGAAGCUCAUGAUAAAACUGUAAAGUGUACAGAGGUGUUUUAUCUUCUUAGAGAGCGUGAACCCUUCAGCAGUACAGCUCAUAUUCAGUUUGCUAAAGAAAUUGCCACAGCGUGUGGAGCUGCCCUGUGCCCACAUAUAAAGACCUUGAAGAACAGAGGAAUGAAUAAGAUUGGACUGCGAGUCUCUAUGGAUGUUGACAUGGUGGAGUAUCGAGCAGGAUCAGGAGGUCAGCUUCUCCCCCAAGUUUACCUAAAUGACCUAGACAGCGCUUUGAUUCCCGUCAUCCACAACAGGACAUCGGACAGCAGCAUAUUGCCUUUGGUGAUAGAACUCGUUUUUUACCUAAUAGAAAGCCUCAGUUAGCAUAAACAUCUAUACGUGGCCUGUUUUUUAUGGCACAGAUCGGUCCGAUCCGCCAUCUCAGACUUUAAUAUUUUCUUCACCAGCUUCUUAGUCAAUUAGCCUCCAUAUGCAGGAGAGCAGAAUUUUCAUGUGGCGAUUGUGCACUGCAAUGCAUAAAAUGGCAAACUUGCACCUUCAAUUUAAAUCCAUGCAGUUUGUAUUCUCACAUUCACCAUCAUUUCAAGGUAAAAUGUUGUGUACAAUGGACACCAUUCUAGCCACAACCGAAGCAAAGACCGAAUGUUUAUAUUAAAUCUUUCUGUUAAAAAUCUGAGCUCAGUACAAUAUCAGCUAGAGGAUAGAAUGAAAUUGUUGUGCACCUUAUUCACUGCCAGGCAGCGUAAACGUAUAAGCACAUAUUAUACUUCAAAUAUGUAAUCCCCUGAUCAUUAGAAAUUUGUACGGGUGUUUAUUUUCCUGUAUUCUGCUUGGUGCCAGUGUGUGCAUCCUAGAGUGACCACAAUGUUCUGGUAUUUGAGCAUUUAAUCAAUUUAAGCAAAAUCCUUCAGUUCAGUGUUGGCUACACGGAUCUGUUGGCUACACGGAUCUGGUGGCUACACGGAUCUGUUGGCUACACGGAUCUGUUGGCUACACGGAUCUGUUGGCUACACGGAUCUGUUGGCUACACGGAGCUGUUGGCUACACGGAUCUGUUGGCUACACGGAUCUGUUGGCUACACGGAUCUGUUGGCUACACGGAUCUGUUGGCUACACGGAUCUGUUGGCUACACGGAUCUGUUGGCUACACGGAUCUGUUGGCUACACGGAUCUGGUGGCUACACGGAUCUGGUGGCUACACGGAUCUGGUGGCUACACGGAUCUGGUGGCUACACGGAUCUGGUGGCUACACGGAUCUGGUGGCUACACGGAUCUGGUGGCUACACGGAUCUGGUGGCUACACGGAUCUGGUGGCUACACGGAUCUGGUGGCUACACGGAUCUGGUGGCUACACGGAUCUGGUGGCUACACGGAUCUGGUGGCUACACUGAACCCUGUAAAAAGGACAAACACUAUUUUGUUGAAAACAUAAUUAUUUUUUUCCUAUAAUUAAUGUGCCAGUUUAUCUGAGUAAGUAACUGAUAGGCACAUGCCUUCAUUGUCAACAUUAAGACCCCUUUCACACUGGGUCGGUUUGCAUGCGCUAUAAUGCUAUACAUAGCGCCUGCAAACCGACCUGAAACAGCCGCUGCUGUCUCUCCAAUGUGAAAGCCCUGAGGGCUUUCACACUGGA